AUGGAGGAACUUUUAGUGGAGACCUUUUUGCGUGUUCCGGGACUCAGCAAUGGCGUCCGGUACAAGGCAAUCAGCAAUAUUGCGCGCCGACCAACUUGUCCAGCUUCAACUCUUCGAAUCGCCGUACCUUUCACACGAGGCGCGAAGACAAAGACUACAGCGAAGUUGAAAGAUCUUCCGCAAGGCGCGCUCAAGCUCGAAACAUAUAGCGAUGGCGCGGACGAGGCCCCUCGAUACCCCAAGGUGGUGCAAGACCAUAGGAAUAAUAUGGAGAAGUUCAAGAACUGCGUGGUCCUGACUAGGGUGGGAAGCUUCUACGAAUUGUAUUGGGAACAAGCAGAAGAGUUAGCUCCCUUACUGAACAUCAAACUCGCAUCGAAAAAGACGAACGCAGGGCCGGUCCCAAUGGCGGGUUUCCCUUUUUUCCAACUGGAUCGAUUUCUCAAAAUUCUCGUACAAGAUCUGCAAAAGUAUGUUGCUCUGAGUGAAGAAUUCCUGAAUCCUGUGGAGGAAAAAUCGAAAUCCGGGGGGCUACUGUUCGAUCGGAGAGUAACCCGAGUCAUCACGCCGGGAACGCUGAUCGACGAAAACUUCAUCGACACCUCGCAAAACAACUUCUUAUUAUCGGUAUUUGUUGAUGCAACUUACUUCGAGGAGCAGUCCCAAGACGGAGGCGACUCUUCGUCCAUCUCACACCUAUUAGCUUCAUCAUCGGGACAUGUUGGCUUGGCGUGGAUGGAUCUAUCCACUGGCGAUUUUUACACUCAAGUUACAACGGCGCAAAUGCUUCCCUCAGCUAUUGCCAGAAUCGGCGCUCGAGAAAUUAUAGCAGACCGACGGUUGCAGAAUAUGCUGGCUCAGGAGCUGCAGAUGCUGGUGGGUGUAGAUCAUCAGUUACUCACCUUCUUUGAAGCGCCUACCAAAGCACAACCCAUGUCCGAAUGGGGAGAGAUGUUGGAGGCUCCUGUAGCGCCCGAAACGGCGUCUACUUUUACAAACGUAGAGGUGGCAGCAGGAUUUAAUCUUCUAGAAUAUGUUCGUGUUCAACUGCAAGGAGUCGACACAAAACUUCAGCCGCCUCAGCGACGACAUUUGGAUGAAUCCAUGGGCAUUGACAGAAGCAGUCUCCGAGGCUUGGAGAUACUAGAGACCGCCAGAGAUGGGCUGGGCAAAGGUAGUCUUUUACACGCGGUGCGGAGAACAGCAACCAAGAGUGGAGCUCGUCUCCUUCGGGAUCGAUUGAUUUCGCCUUCGACGUCCUUGUCUGUGAUUCAGGAACGCCUUGAUCUUGUCGCCUACUUUCUUCAGGAUAAAGAGAUAAGAGAUACCAUCGUAUCACUUCUAAAAAGAAGUUACGACUCUCAGCGCCUUGUGCAGAAAUUCACGCUAGGAAGAGGAGAUCCAGAUGAUCUUAUAUUCUUAUCCAGGGCUAUUGAUGCCUCUCGUGAAGUUCUCAGGGUUUUGUCCGGUCGUCGAACACCUGCCACUUCGGAGACUGAUAUGAACUUCCAUAGUGUUGAAAAUUUGAUCCGCAGGCUACAAAUGGACGGGCCGGCACAGCUUGCUGAGAAGAUUCUUGCUGCGAUUGAUGAAGAGGCUCUGUUACAGAAACAUCGUAUUGAAGAUGACCAAGCGGCAGAAGCUGCUCAACUCACACAAGAUGUUGUUCUCAACGAAGGUCUGCCCGAAGACGUUGAGUCUAUCCCUCGGAAGGUGCGAUUCAAGACUACAGGUCGGCCUGGUUUUGCAGUCGAGUCAAUUCGGGGAGAUUUAGACAUUUGGAUUAUGCGACGUGAUGCUAGCGAUGCUCUUCAACGAUUGCACGAACGUCUAGAUGAGUUUCAGGAAGAAAAGUCAACUCUUACAAAUCGAUUACAAGAGCAAGUCGGAUCUUCCACGCUGACACUGAAAUGGUCACCGAGCUUAGGAUACAUUUGUCAUGUUAAAGGAGCCAAGAUAUCCCAAGAAGCGCUCGAAGACCUCGGCGUCACACGAAUCGUUUCAUCUACAAAAUCUACGCGCUCGUUCUACUUGCCCGCGUGGUCACAACUGGGCGAGCGAAUAGACAAAUUGAAGAAACACAUCCGUGCUGAAGAGCAACAAAUUUUCGAAGAGCUUCGGAGAGAGGUCAUCCUCAAUCUGGUAAAGAUCCGCCGCAACGCCACCGUGAUGGAUGAAUUAGAUGUUACUUGCUCCUUUGCAACGCUAGCAAAAGAGCAGAAUAUGGUGCGGCCUAUUCUAAACACAAGUACAUCACAUCGUAUUGUUGGUGGAAGACAUCCAACAGUCAAACUUGGGCUUGAAGAACAGGGGCGGCGCUUCGUCAGCAAUGACUGUUUUAUUGGCGAUGAAGACCGGGUUUGGCUGAUAACCGGUCCAAACAUGGGAGGGAAAAGUACCUUCUUGCGUCAGAAUGCAUUGAUAACAAUUCUGGCCCAGGUCGGAUCCUUUGUUCCUGCAGAAUAUGCAGAAAUUGGUAUCGUCGACCAGAUAUUCAGCCGGAUCGGUGCAGCCGAUGAUCUAUUUAGAGAUCAAUCAACUUUUAUGGUAGAGAUGCUCGAAACCGCCGCGAUCUUGAAACAAGCAACAUCUCGGUCAUUCGUCAUCAUGGACGAAGUUGGUCGAGGGACCACUCCUGAGGACGGCACCGCCGUCGGAUACGCAUGUCUUGAACAUUUAUACAAUGUGAAUCAAUGCCGGACAUUGUUCGCAACGCAUUUCCAUGCCUUGAUAGACAUGACUGCUGGGUUUGAAAAGCUCAACGCUUAUUGCACAGAUGUCAAGGAAAGCCCUUCUGGGUCGUUCUCAUUCGUGCACAAGCUGCGUAAAGGCGUCAAUCGACAGUCACAUGCGCUAAAGGUGGCUCGUCUGGCCGGUCUCCCGGAAGCUGCAAUCACCGUGGCAGAAAACGUCCUUCGCCAGAUGAAAACAUCUAAUGACACUGACUGGGUAGACUGGUCAAAGCACAAAGACGAAGCCAAGGCUGCUACCGGAUAG